GUUUUUAUGUCUCAAAGAUGUUUUAGAAAUGAUUUGUAUAUAAAGAAGUAGCCUGUCUGUUUAUACAGCAAUUACAUUGUAUUAAAACAAAGUAUAUUUAAACUCAACUACCAUCAUCAUGACGUGUGCCGUGGACAAGAACGCUAUCGAAACCCGCCUGUUUAUCAACGGCAAGUUUGUCGAGAGCGAUAAGAAAUUUGAUACAAUUGACCCUGCGACUGAGGAAGUUAUCACAUCCGUGCACGAGGCCAAUGACGAGCAUGUUGACACGGCCGUAGAGGCGGCCAAUAAUGCAUUUGCCCGUGGCUCAGAGUGGCGUGACAUGCUACCCCACGCGCGCCGGGAUUUGAUGAUUAAACUCGCCGACUUGAUCGUAAGAGAUACUUCUUACUUGGCUGAACUUGAAGCUUUGGACAAUGGCAAACCAGUGGCAGCUCACGGAAAUGCAUAUGGUACUUCCGUGGACAUUCACCUCGUCCAGGAAGUAUUCCGUUACUACGCAUCUAUGUGUGACAAGGGCAGCGGACGCAUCUCCAAAGUAAACGUGCCCAAUAUGUUCAACAUGCAAAUUAAAGAACCUAUCGGCGUCGUGGGUGCGAUCGUUCCUUGGAACUUCCCCGCUCUCAUGAUGGCUUGGAAGUGUGGACCUGCAUUAGCCGCUGGGUGCACAAUUGUUCUGAAGUCCUCCGAGAAAACUCCACUAUCUGCACUUCACAUCGCCAAGCUCACUGUCGAGGCCGGUUUCCCGCCAGGUGUGUUGAACGUCCUCAGUGGCUUUGGUCCUACUACAGGAAAGCGCAUCGCUCUUCACAUGAAGAUCGACAAGAUCUCUUUCACCGGUUCCACCCUGACCGGAAAGAAAAUCCAGCAGUACAGCUCUGAGUCAAAUUUGAAGGCCGUGACCCUAGAGCUUGGUGGCAAGUCGCCCCUUAUUAUUUGCGACGAUGCCGAUCUCUAUCAGGCCGUGCAAGCAGCACACACCGGACUGUUUUUGAAUAAUGGACAGUGUUGCUGUGCAUCUUCCCGUGUGUACGUACACGCCGCCGUACACGACCAGUUUCUGGAGAAAGCAGCGGCGCUUGCCAAGGACGUCAAACUCGGCGGUCAGUUUUCAGAGGAGAGCACCCAGGGGCCUAUCGUAGACGACAUUCAAUUCAAGAAGGUGAACGAUUACAUCGAGGCGGGAAAGAAACAAGGCGCGAAAGUGGUCGUGGGAGGGGAAGCUCUGGGGAAGAAAGGCUACUUUGUACCGCAGACUAUCUUCUCUGAUGUCACAGAUGACAUGACGAUUGCUCGCGAAGAGAUUUUCGGACCAGUGAUGUCCGUGUUGAAGUUCCACGACUACGACGAAAUACUGGACCGUGCGAAUGAUACCAUCUACGGCUUGGCAGCCGGUGUGUGUACCCGCGAUGUGGGAAGAGCUCUGAAGUUGGCUACCGGUCUCCGGGCAGGUACCGUGUGGGUGAACUGCUACAAUGUUUUCGAUGCCCACUCCGAAUUUGGCGGAUACAAAAUGAGUGGUAUUGGUCGCGAUUUGGGAGAGUCCGCCAUCGAUUCAUAUACACAGACCAAGAGUGUGUACAUCCCCAUGGACAAGUGAACAACAUCACAUUACACCACGUAUAAAAAACUGUUCCUUUUGAGUACUGUUGGUGCUAUUUCUUCACACUCGGACGAGGGGUAGGCUAAAACAGCAACAGUCAUCUUCAUAGAUUAUAAGCUGCAGAUGGCUGUGAAGUUUGCUCGUAUGCAGGCAGAUGUUCCAGCUGCUCUUGCUAUAAAAGUCGCAAGUUUCAAUUCGCUAUCAAUGAACCGCACUGACAACGCUGCUGACAAAAUAAAAUAAGGUGUGGGCUACCUGCCACCUGUUUUAAGCAGGAAUCAUAUAUCACAACCUUGAUUGUAUAUUUAUUUGUCGCAACCGUAACUUUCCUCUGAAAGCCACCUAGAAAUGAGUAGUGUUAUGGAAAUGGAUGGAAAUCAGAAUGUCAGUACAUCAGGUGGUGGCUAGAUUCACUUAUUAACAACGAUUGUUGUAUUCCGCAUGUUUGAAGUACAAGUCUUCUUGUACCGUUCAGCGACGCGCCAGCAGUCCAGUGGUCAAUACAAGAAGUCGUUAGCGUCCUGUGUCUGUGUGAAAUGACUAAACCUACUCUUUCGCAAUUUUACCUUUUCUGCCCCUCUGGUGGCCAGUUGGGCUAGCGUUUCAGAACAUCUUGCCCAUCGCACACCCUGCUAGUCUGUUGUAGCUGCGCUCAUUAUUUGUUUAGUAGAACAGCCAACGCCGCCUCUUCUUGGAGAGAUCAAUUGGUAUUCUAUCAGAUCACUCUUGCCGAUGGCACAAGCGAUGGCUGCAUGGUGACAAGGAGGUGGUGAAGCAACCUGGCAUAAAUAAAAUAAUGGCAGUGUGCCAGAACGUGUACGGAUGCUUUGAACUGUUGCAGUGAUGCGCAAAACGUAGUUGGCUUUGUACGUGAAUCAUUGAGUCCUGCUGGGCGGAGUGUGUCUGUUGGUAGGAUUUCAUGCUUAACAGCGCCAACUGAGAAUGAAAUUACCCCACCUGACGUGCGUAGGGAGAGUAAGAUUUCAAUCAGUACACAGUGCAGUACUUAUUAGUUGGCUGGGCGGAAAUACUCAAAUAAUAUGGCUUUCAUUUGCGAUCUCAUAUCAUCGUGACAAUUCCUCUGAGUCUGAGUGCCAAACCAGAGCGCGAUUUAGAUUCAAUAAACUUCAC